GAUUUUUUUUUCGUUGUCCGCUCGUUUUUCCUAUUUAAAUGGGUGAGAUGAUAUAUGGAACAACGCAGCGCCUUCCCAUCCCUUAAUAUCCCUCACCCUUCCAACGCUCUCCGAAUCACCAGCACAACUGAACCCUUAUCAGUUAUUAUAUUAUUGGUAAAAUCAGAAACUGAAGGAAAGAUAGAAUGAGGGUGUGGCUUGCAGUAGUGAUAUCGAUAUGGUUAGUCCUUGAACCAAGCUGCGCAGCCGAUCUAACUUUCGACUUGGGUAGUGCUACCAAGAAUAUCUACUCCAAACUGUUGAGCGAUGUGCGUGAUAAAGUGAAGGAUCCAAAACUUAAGUAUGGUGACACGAAUUUACCAGUAAUUGCGGCACCUUCAAAUCCACCAAAGUAUCUUCUUGUUGAUAUCAAGACACCGGAAGGAUCGAAAAUCACUUUUGCGCUGAAUAAAAACGAUUUAUAUUUGGAUGGUUAUCUUGACCAAUUUGAGGGAAAGCCUAGAGCACAUUUUUUCACUAAUACUCCCGAUUCUGCUAAGAAGAGUCUUUUCCCAGAGGCUAAUGGUGAUAAAAAUCGUCUUGAUAUGCACUAUGCUAACACGUAUGAUGCAAUUGAGGGUAAGGCUGAAGCUAAAAGAAGCAAUUUGGGUUUAGGAGUUGAGAAAUUAAAAGUGUUAGUCAACUACGUUUAUGGAUUAAAGGUUGACAAAAAAAAAGGUGUUGAUCCAAAAGAAGCGAAGUUAAUGCUUGUUUUGAUCCAAAUGGUUUCUGAAGCAGCAAGAUUUAAGUAUAUAGAAGACAUGAUUCGAGAUAAUUUUGAUACAUCUAUAAUCCCAGAUCCGAAAGCGACGAGAUUGGAAAAUCGUUGGGGAAAGAUUAGUGAAGGUAUUAAGAAUUCAAAGAAAGGAGUAAUCUCACCUGAGCUUGAUUUACUGGAUGCUCAGGGUAAGGCAUGGAAAGUGUCAAAAGUUAAAGACAUAGAAGGUGAUAUGGGGCUCUUGAAAUACUCAGGCAAGAAGCUAGUAGCUCUAUUUUAUGACAUGUUCUUGACUUUUUUCAAAGCCAAGAAUGAGGAAGUUGAAUUGUGAAUCAGAACAAGGUGGGUUGCGUCAGUGAAGAGUAACUAGACACGUUUUGCUAUAAGCCAAUGUAUUAUGUGUGAACAUUAUUGGUGUUACAGAAAAAUAAGGCAGCAACAUUGUGUUUAGUUUGUAAGUUGUAAUCCCCAUCUACAUACAUGAAGGGAAACUAGUAUUUCAAUCCAACGCAGGAUUGCUACAAACAAUUGGAUCAUUUUUGCAUGUUUUACAUUUUUAAAUAUCA